AGCUGAAGAUGAAGAGGCUCUAAAGAUGUUUCGAUCUAGAACCACUUGAUUGAUUGAUUCAGAUUCAGAAUCAACGGGAACCAGUCUUUAUUUAACGCGCAAUAUCAACGAACAGUCCUCCAUUUCAACUCUCCGUUCUGUUUGUGAGCGCGUGCUUCCUACUGGCUCACGUUUAAUCCCUUUCCAUUCUUCUUCUUCGUUUUCUUUCCACUCAGAGCUCUUACUUCAUUCAAACAAAUCCUCUUCUGGUUAUGCUUUGGAAGAGCGAUUUGUAGCUAAAUGGAGAGUUUACUGAAGGAUUUCGAACUGGAAAACAAGGAUCAUUCCAUUGAAGGUUUGAGUAAAUGGAGAUCUGCUGUUUCAUUGGUCAAGAACCCUCGCAGAAGGUUCCGCAAUGUCGCUGAUCUCGUCAAACGCCUCCAAGCACAGGAGAAACUCAAGAAAAUACAGGGAACCAUUCGGGCUGUUAUCUUUGCCCAAAGGGCAGCACUGCAGUUUAAGGAAGCUGUUGGUGCAACUGAAUACAAGCUGUCAGAAAAGACGAGAGAAGCUGGUUUUGGUAUUGAACCAGAUGAUAUUGCUUCAAUUGUCCGAGGCCAUGAUCACAAGAACUUAAGAAAAGUUGGUAAAGUUGAAGGGAUAGCAAGUAAACUCUCAGUCUCAAUUGAUGAAGGUGUCAGUCAACACAGUAUAAAUAGCAGGCAAGAGGUCUAUGGAGUCAACCGUUAUACUGAGAAACCUUCUAAAAACUUCCUGAUGUUUGUUUGGGAUGCACUGCAUGAUGUAACGCUAAUCAUUCUCAUCGUUUGUGCUAUAGUUUCUAUAGGUAUAGGGCUUCCCACUGAAGGGUGGCCAAAGGGUGUUUACGACGGCGUGGGAAUCAUACUCAGUAUAUUCCUGGUAGUCUUUGUUACUGCUAUCAGUGACUACAAGCAAUCCCUGCAGUUCCAGGAUUUGGACAAAGAGAAGAAAAAGAUCUUUGUUCACGUCACUAGGGAUGGGAAAAGGCAGAAGAUCUCAAUUUUUGAUUUGGUAGUGGGAGAUAUUGUUCAUUUGUCAACUGGUGAUCAAGUUCCAGCUGAUGGGAUUUUUAUAUCAGGAUAUUCUCUGCUAAUUGAUGAAUCAAGUUUGUCCGGUGAGAGUGAACCAGCAAAUAUAGAAGCAGAAAGACCUUUUCUUCUUUCAGGAACCAAAGUACAAGAUGGACAGGGGAAGAUGAUAGUUACAACUGUUGGCAUGAGGACUGAGUGGGGGAAGUUGAUGGAAACUUUAAGUGAGGGAGGGGAGGAUGAGACUCCACUGCAGGUGAAAUUGAACGGAGUUGCUACCGUUAUUGGAAAAAUUGGUUUGACUUUUUCUGUGCUAACAUUUGUGGUGUUGACAAUAAGGUUUGUGGUUGAAAAAGCACUUUAUGGUGAGUUUAGUAAUUGGUCUUCUACUGAUGCACUGAAGCUACUGGACUAUUUUGCUAUUGCUGUAACCAUCCUUGUUGUUGCAAUUCCUGAAGGAUUACCAUUAGCUGUGACACUUAGUCUUGCUUUUUCUAUGAAAAAGUUAAUGAAUGACAGGGCACUUGUGAGACAUCUCUCUGCAUGUGAGACUAUGGGUUCAGCUAAUUGCAUUUGCACAGAUAAAACAGGGACAUUGACUACAAACCAUAUGGUGGUUGAUAAAAUUUGGAUUUGCGAAAAGACCACAGAGAUUAAAGGUAAUGAGAGUGUGGAGAAACUUAAAUCAGAGAUAUCUGAAGAAGUUAUAAGCAUCUUUUUACAGGCUAUAUUUCAAAAUACUUCGUCAGAAGUAGUCAAUGACAAAGAAGGAAAGAAGGCUAUUUUGGGAACACCAACAGAAUCCGCAUUAUUAGAAUUUGGCUUGCUUUCAGGUGGUGAUUUUGAUGCCCAGCGUAGAGACUAUAAGAUACUUAAGGUUGAGCCUUUCAAUUCAUCCCGGAAGAAGAUGUCUGUGCUUGUGGGUCUUCCUGAUGGAGGGGUCCGAGCUUUCUGCAAAGGUGCAUCAGAAAUAGUAUUAAAAUUGUGUGACAAAAUUAUUGAUUCUAAUGGGACAGCUGUUGAUCUUCCUGAAGAGAAGGCAAAGAAUGUCAAUGAUGUUAUAAAUGGCUUUGCCUGUGAAGCUUUGAGAACUCUCUGUUUGGCUGUCAAAGAUAUAAAUGAGACUGAAGGAGAAACCAAUAUCCCUGAUGAUGGCUAUACUCUGAUAGCCAUAGUGGGAAUCAAGGACCCUGUGCGCCCUGGAGUUAAGGAAGCUGUUCAAACUUGUCAAAAAGCUGGAAUAACUGUCCGCAUGGUCACUGGUGAUAACAUAAAUACAGCUAGGGCGAUAGCUAAAGAAUGUGGUAUACUUACUGAGGGUGGUGUAGCCAUAGAAGGACCUGCAUUUCGUGACUUGUCUCCAGAGCAAAUGAAGGAUAUCAUACCAAGAAUUCAGGUAAUGGCACGAUCUUUACCUCUUGACAAGCAUACCUUAGUAACCAAUUUGAGGAAUAUGAUUGGUGAUGUUGUAGCUGUUACUGGUGAUGGAACCAAUGAUGCUCCUGCGCUGCAUGAGUCAGACAUUGGGCUUGCCAUGGGCAUAGCUGGAACUGAGGUUGCCAAAGAAAAUGCUGAUGUCAUUAUAAUGGACGAUAACUUCACUACUAUUGUCAAUGUGGCGAAAUGGGGACGGGCCAUAUAUAUAAACAUUCAAAAGUUUGUGCAGUUUCAACUAACAGUAAAUGUUGUUGCUCUGGUUACUAACUUUGUUUCUGCAUGCAUUACUGGAUCUGCUCCACUCACAGCUGUUCAGUUGCUCUGGGUCAACUUGAUCAUGGACACUUUGGGUGCACUGGCCCUGGCUACUGAACCUCCUAAUGAUGGACUUAUGGAAAGACUCCCAGUUGGAAGGAGAGCCAGUUUUAUCACCAAACCAAUGUGGAGGAAUAUCUUUGGCCAAAGUAUAUAUCAACUAAUCGUCCUCGGGGUUCUCAAUUUUGACGGGAAGAGGCUACUGGGCCUUACUGGCUCAGAUGCAACUGCAGUGCUGAACACUGUGAUAUUCAACACCUUUGUAUUUUGCCAGGUGUUUAAUGAGAUAAACAGCAGAGAAAUUGAGAAGAUAAACAUAUUCAGAGGCAUGUUUGACAGCGGGAUAUUCUUUACGGUAAUUUUCUCUACAGUGGCAUUUCAAGCAAUCAUAGUUGAGUUUCUGGGUACAUUUGCCAACACUGUGCCCCUAAACUGGCAACUCUGGUUGCUCAGCGUGUUAAUUGGAGCAGUUAGCAUGCCUAUUUCUGCUAUCCUCAAGUGCAUCCCAGUUGAAAGAGAUACUACUACAAAGCACCAUGAUGGUUACGAAGCACUGCCUUCUGGUCCUGAGCUUGCAUAAAAAUAUGGAACAAUCAGAUUUUGCCUUCCUUUCACUAUGCACAUGUUGAUGAAAUUUUGGCCUUUGUGCCUCCAUGAAUGUUGGUAGAUUUUGAGAAACUAAUCUCACAGAAAAAGUGGGUGAAAAUCCACACACCAACUACUGACCAAAUUACUUUCGGUACGAAAAAGAAGUUUGUUUUGUACAAUACUUGAAUAUACUGCGAAUGUGCAAAACUUUUUGAAGUCUAAGUUUCAUUUUUUUUCUC